AAACAAUGUGGAUAAUAGAUAUUGUCAUAUGCACUGGCAUUUCAGAAAUCAAGGAAGAAGUUCAAGGCUAAAAUCUGUGAAUUAUGAUUUUAUGAAAUAAAUCUAUAAUAACUGAAGAUCAUAAUUUCUGCAACAAUGGAGUAUCAACCCUUACUGAAUGUAUUAGUACUGCUAGCAUUGGGAGUUCUGCUUGAUCCAGUUGCAUCCAUAAUGUGGCCUGUACCAUAUAAGAGGUUCCAGUCCAGGCCCAAGGCUGACCCUUACUGCAAGGCCCUUUACCCAUUCUGCCCCACAGGGAAUCCAGAAGGUGGCAUGCCCAAGAUGCAAAGCGAUGAUGUAAUAGAAGUGUUUGCUAUGAAAGCACCAGUUUGGGAGUUCAAGUUUGGAAAUCUUUUGGCUAAAUUUGACAUCAUUCAUGAUGCCAUAGGCUUCAGGAACAACCGUACAGGUCAGAACUACACCAUGGAGUGGUAUGAGCUCUUCCAGCUUGGCAAUUCCACCUUCCCUCAUAUAACAUCAGAGACACCAACCCCCGUGUGGUGUAACCAGGGUGCUGCAUGUAUCUAUGACACAAUUGAUGACCAGCACUGGGCUGCAAAUGGGACUCUUGUUAAGGUUGCAGAAAUGACAGGGGAUCAGUUCAACAAGUUUGGAGUUUGGGCGAAGGGGGAUAAUGAUACAGGAAUAUACUAUGAGACUUGGACUGUUGAGGACUCCCCCGGUGGCAAAAUGUGGUUUGAUUCCUACGAUUGUGCAAGUUUCGUCGUACGUGCAUUCAACGUCAUGGGACUGAUGGGAGCAAAAUUCAACCAGAGCGUCCAUCUUAACUACACUCGAAUUCAUCUUUACUGUGACGAGCCUCAAUAUUUGGGAAAUGCCUCAACCAUUUUUGGACCUAUUUCUGUGAAUAAUUCACUCGCGACUGAUAUUAGAGCCUUUUAUAGUAAUUUUCAACCACACCAGCCAAUCGUAUCAGCGAUUCAAAGUGUCAUCCAAGCACUAGAAACUGUAUUUUCAGAGAAUAAGUUUUAUUUCUUUUAUAAUUAUGAGUACUGGUUUUUGCCAAUGAAGGCUCCACAUAUUAAAUUAACAUACACAGAAGCAAAACUCCCAGGUCCUAAAUAAUGGCAGCCACCCAGUAGGGGAGACUGGGGCAUGAUGGACAAUGAACACAAUAGGCCUACCUCAUUUGACCCGCAUGAAACACAUUUUGAACUUUUCUUGCCUAACGGUAUAUUCAAAUAUGGGAUUCAAAUGUAUCUCGUUACAGCCAAAGUAUUUCACCAUGUGCCAUGGUCUAUUAACAUUCCUGGUUCCUCACUUCUCUAUAUAUAAUUGAUAUUAAUUGAAAUCAUCAUUAACAUACUGUUAAUCUUAGAGGAUAUACAUGUACAUGCAUAAAAGUUAUUGUGCUGGAAGGUCGUAGAUACAGGAUCUAACCCAAGGGAAAUUUGUGUAUCUUCCAAGGGACUGCAGGAAAUGAGGGAAAUACACAUAUUCCCCAAUUUGAUAAACCUUUAUCUAAAUCACACUGAUCAUAACUGAUGUAUCCCCUACUUUCUUUCACAAUAGGCAGAUAUCAAUCUACAUGAACAGGAGAUCAAUUCCACCAGAUAUUCAAUAACAGGAGUCUGGGACAGAUACAUGGUGAGCCAAAAAAAGGUAACCUGAACAAAUGU